UGGCGCCCUGCCUGCCCUCUCUCUUCCGGUCCGCUGGUUUAUGAAUCGCUGAAGACCGAAUCCUUUAGAGGAUUUUGAUACUCAGCCUUGAUGAUCUAGUUCAGGAAGAAAAAUGAAAGGCAAUGGGAAAAACUUUGGAGAAGAAUACUUAUAUUUGGAAUUUUCUCAUCAGAUGGAAAAUUUUAUCUUCCCCCUGCAUACAUCUGUAACCUUGUUUCUGUUGUCUUAUUGCGACUGCAAAGAAUUCAGAGUUUUUUUAGUCUCCAGUAAAGAGAGUGCAGAUAUUGCUCUUUUACAAAGUGUACUUCCCCAGGAUCUGGAAGUUCAGAUCACCACAAGGCAGGGGCUGCCAGUAAUAGUCCAGAGCUGCUCUUUACCUGUGAUAGUGAAGAAAGCAGACAAUUUCUGUCGAGCAGGACUUUCUGUUACUUUAAGAUACAUAAUACAGAAAACAUAUGAAGCAGAUACAUCAAAGAAGGAAGUUUUGGAACUGCUGGGUUUUAAGAAGACCUGUUUAAAAGCAUGUGCUGAAGUUAGUCAGUGGACCAGACUCUGUGAGCUCAGCAUUCCACUGGCUGUGGAGAAGUUCCUAAAUGAACCUCCUGAAUUAGAGCUCCCUAUCCCAGAGGAAAUACUGCAACUGGAGAAGAAGCUCAGGGAGCCUGUGAGAGUGCAUAAUGAUGACAAAAUUCGUAGGCUAAAGCUAAAGAAGCAGCAGGAGUCAGAAGGACCCAAACAGAGUACUGACUCUUGGCACCAAGAAGCACUUGGAGAAAGCGCCAAGCCUCCUGCAGAGAGCUUAGAACUCAUGGUGGCAUUAUCUAGACUCAAAGUUGAGGAAGCUCCUUCUGAGACCAUUCGGGAACCUGUGCACAUAAGGAAAAUGCAAACCUCAGACCUGCCACCUCUGGACCACCUUUUUGCAGAAGGACUUUAUUUUACCCUUGCUGAUCUAGUCCUUUUGCCCUGUAUUCAUCAAUUUCUGGCUCACAUCUGGAAGAAGUGCUGUGGAAUUCUCUCACAUUUACCUCGGAUAGCUUAUUGGUACCAGAAAGUUCAGGAAGUGCCUGGAGUAAAAAGAGCUGCAGCUAAAUGCAGGCUACAGUUUCUUCAGUUAUCAGACCUCCUACCCAUUUUGGAUAAGCAGCCACCAAUUUUAAGUGAGAAUCCUAAAAUGGAGGAGAAAAACUGCUUACAUUUUAUUGGAGGACCAAGGCCAACCAUUUCCAAACUAAUGAAAAAAGGCAUUGAGGCGAAGUUUUCUCCCCACCCUUGCCCCAACUGGACCCUUGAUUGGAGCAAUUUGCCUGCAGCAGUAAGUCCAGAAGAGGGCAAGAUGUCCACUGAACGUGCUUUGCGAAAGCAGCAACAAUUAAACAACCUGGUUGCUAUGGUGACAAAUAUUGUCAAACCUAGUGACAUAGUUGUGGAUUUUUGCAGUGGUGGGGGACACGUUGGAAUUGCCCUUGCUCACAUGCUGCCAUCAUGUCAGGUGAUAUUGAUUGAAAACAAAGAGUUAUCAUUAGUGAGGGCUAAAAAGAGAAGUGAUGACCUGGGUCUGAGCAACAUUUGGUUCAUCCAAGCAAAUCUGGACUAUUUUAGAGGGAAGUUUGAUAUUGGGGUGGCUUUGCAUGCUUGUGGGGUGGCCACAGACAUGGUAAUUGAGCAUUGCACCAAGGCUCAGGCUGCCUUUGUUACAAGCCCUUGCUGUUACGGUUUCAUUCAGAACACUUUGAAGUUUACAUUUCCAAGAAGUGAACCAUUCAAGGAAGUUUUAUCUUACAAGGAGCACAUGAUUCUUUGCAGAUUUGCAGAUCAAACAGCUGUCCAGCUACCUCUAGAACGAAGACAAAUAGGCAAGCAGUGCAUGUGCCUUGUGGAUCUGGAUCGGGCCUGGGCUGCAGAAGAAUGUGGCUAUUCUGUCCAAGUGGUAUCCAUGGAGCCUGAAAGUUGUUCUCCAAAAAAUAACAUGAUAGUGGGUAUCCCUAUUUAGGCCAGGCUACUAUUCUCUUUUCAUUUUUUAGUCAUCAUAAAAAUCCAGUUAUUAAGAACUUCCUGAUCAAUCUGGGAAGAUCCUACAGACAUCUUGAACCCAUCAUCUUUGGAAAAGAAAGCAUUGAGAGAAAUCUACAAAGCUAAGCUUUGCAAAGCAAUACAAGUUUUUCUUAUGGCAUGUGAUUAGGUUGCUGCUGGUUCUCAGGUGAGAAUCCCCAACAAUGUCAUCCUCCUACUGAGGAGUGUUCACUUAGCUGUCUUUCAAAAAUCUGUCCUUUGACUGGAAGGAUGAUUUCCUUCUUAGCACAGAAGUUUUCCUCCUGGUGUUGCUCAUUUGACAUCACUGCUCAGAAUUCUUUGUGCCUUUUUUUUUUUUUUUUAAAGAGAUGUCCUGAUUUUUACGUGGGCAAGUAAAGCUGGGCCUCUAACAAAAACUAAUCUUUAUUUUUAAACAAUUUUACUUCCUCUAUUAAAAAAAUUUUAAUCAUG